AUGCAAAGGAAGCAGCGGUACCGAGCGACUCUUCAAGGAAAGGGAAAGGAAAAGGACGACGAAGAGCAGGAGCGAAAGAGAAGUCAACCAAAAGCAACAGUGCCGGUUCGAGCGCUUCAACUAACACUAAUGGCCCUCCCAUCACUGUUCCAUCACUGGAAGAAGCGAUCCAGAUUGUUCUGUCAGAAGAAGAACUUUGUCGUGCUAUCGAGAAUGACUUCCUAG